GCCAAAUGCUCAGCUCCCGGUCCUCGAUUGCCAUGCUGUUGGCGAUGGCGGGGGCUUCGUUGGCAGAUAUGUGCGGGAGACCCAGCUUAGAGAGCUGGGAAGGAACAUGUUUGAAGUCGGGAGUAGGAGGGUGGGGGACCCCCGAAGGCGAUGGCUUCUACAUCAUGGAGGACGGGACAAGGUUGGAAGGCUCGUAUCAGAACGGCAAGCCUGUGGGUUUCGGCAUCUUCACUUGGGCCAACGGACAGCGUUUUAUUGGAUACUGGGAGAACGGCAAGCCACAUGGGAAUGGAACAUUCACAUGGAAGAACGGGAAGAGGUUCGAGGGUUCGGUGAUCGACGGAGUCCCUCAAGGGAAAGGACGACUCGUCUGGCCGGGGGGUGAAGAGUACAAGGGGACGUUCGUGAAUGGGAAGGAGGACGGCAGGGGGCUCUUUGUAUCCUCGGAAGGAUCUUACUUCUGUGGGGAGUUUAGACAGGGGAACGGAUAUGGAAGUGUCUUGGUCAAGUUCGAGGACGGGUCGGUCUACGCUGGUGACUGGAGCAACAGCAGCCUCACAGGCCGAGGCGUCUCUUACUUUCGGGGGAACCGUUACGAAGGAGAGUUCCUGGAGGCGCUGCCAGGAGGUCGGGGAGUGAUGUUCACGGAGAAGUCCGUCAAGUACUAUGGAGAUUGGAGCCAAGGAGCUCGCAACGGCUCGGGCGUCUACGUGUGGCCUGAUGGCUCGGAGUAUCGUGGAUCCUUCAGAGCUGGAGUUCAGCAUGGUUGCGGAGUACAAGUGCUGCCCGGCAUUCUGUGGGGAGAGGAGCUAGUGAAGGGCUUGUGGGUCAACGGGUCUCAGCAGCAGGAGGGACUGAGCUCCUGUGUGCAGCCGGGUGAGACUGACAUCCUUGCCUUGCAAAGCGCCGAAGCUGCCAAGGAGUCGGCUCAGGAAGCCCGGAGGAGGCUGGAGGAAGCGUUUGAAAUCGCAAGGACUAUCCCGGAGUGUGCCAUAAUGAACCUGUCGGGCUCGGUUGAGAACACCUUUCCUGCGGUUUCAACCUUUGUCUUCACGGAGAGACACCUGAUAGCUGCUGCUCUCUUUGUUACUUGCCUCACUUCUAUCGCUUGUUUGUACCUGAUUGUUGCACCGACGUCUCCACACGGUCAGCAUGACAAACAACCCGAGAAAACGAAAAGUAAGGGCGAGGUCAAAGACAACAAAGGCAGCAAGAAAGAAAAGAAUAAUUGAUCUCUGUGUAUAUAUGUACAAAUAGUAUAUGAAUUGAAUCAUUUUG